GUGGGAGAGCUGGCUAGAGGGGGAGCACAGGCGGGCAAGCACGAGCCGGCGCCGGGCAGGAAGGCGAGCGGGCAAGAGGCGAGGGGGGAAGAGAGCCUGAGGGUGAACGAGCGGUCGGACAAUAAGCCGAGUGCGCGAGCAAGCAGGCGGGCGAGGUGACGGAGGACGAGCGGGCGAGAAGGACGACGAGAGCAGGCGAGCAGGUGACGAGGGCGAGCGAGCAGUGUGCGAGCAAGCAGGUAGUAAGCAAACUACUAGUAGCAAGAGGGCGAUGUCACAGCCUCAUACCUGGCUCGCUGCUGGACCCAUAGUCGUCAUGUCGAGUGCGCACAAAGCUAGUUUCCGAGAAUGCCGCACCUAUUUUAGUACCGCUGACUUCAUUCUGUUACCCAUGUGCGAAACCAGACUCAGGGACCAUGCCAUUUGCAGCGGCAACAGACUCGGAGCUGUCGGAGCGAAAAUUACAGUAUCAGAAAUGUGCUCUUUCUCGCGAAUUCGCAUCUUCUCCUCCCCGGCCUGCGCGAGGAGCGGCUGUAUGACACCAUGUGCAUGCCGUAGAAGGCUGAUAUUGAGCUCACAAAUGAUGGCAAUUAAAGCAGAAGUACUUACGAGCAGACAGGAAAUUUCUGCUUUCCCGAGUUUGUCAGCUGUGUUGAGCCAUGGACUCCGGAUGAUCAUCAUUUGCGAGACAGUGCCGUGGCGGCGUAUGCUUACAUCGGUGGCGGUUUUAACUCAAAGACGAGCGCGCGACUCGGACCAACUGUCCAAAACAGACCAACGCGGACGCCGCCGGCGGCUGCCCACCUCCUGCAAGUCGAGCCCAGGUCAGUCUUCUGUGCGCACGCCGCAGUGCCACACUAGCUACUCGAUCUCCAGUCGCUUGCACCGCAUUGCAUACCGUAAAGGGGCCUUGAACACGCGACUCGACGGUUGCAACUUUGCAUGGAGGUGGGAGUUGUGGAUCAAGGAUGUCGAUGAGGUGGAUGUAUGCGCGAAAGCCACGAUGCUCGCGACGCGUCGUGGUAAUACGUCACGAGCUCGCGUCAUGGUGGCUCCAAAUCAGGCUCCAAUCGAGGAAAGAGAGGGAAAGAGGCAGGACAUCGGUCGGGCGCGAUAUUAA